UCUGGAUCACCAAAGGUUUCGAGACCAUUAUCCGAUCAACGUGGGCAAUGGCGGCGGCGCCAAAGCAGAUGAAGUGCCAAGAGGCGCAUGCUUUGAGGAUCCAAACGCUCCAGCUGAAUGCACCUCUCGUCGUCCUUGGGGAAGUCAUCGAUGAGGGAGUUGUUGCCAGUGAAUCCUGCCGGUGGCUCUUGAAGAUUCAUGCUCAUGGAGAUACUGCUGAUCCAUGUUCAGUUUUUGAAAAAACCCUAGAGAAUGUCGGAAUUGGAGAAGUCCGGCAAAAUCUCCAUGAAGAGGACUUCAACACUCACUUGACUCCACACCAUAAUUAUAUAUAAUUAUAUAAUAGUCGAGAUGUGCAGACACAGAUACAUGGUCUCGAUUGCAAAGGUGGUUUGGGCAGCCCAGAUCGUUGAACUCAUCACCUGUUUGCCAAGCUUUGUGGGCAUUGUGGCCGAAUUCAUGCAGGGCCUCCUUGCUUUGUUGGGUGCAGGCAAGCCCUGACCGGAUUUUAGGUGCCUGCCUUUGCCAUGCUGAAAA